CUCUCUCAGUGCCUCUGUUUCUCUUUCUCUCUCUAUGUGAUCAGCGAGAACCUCAAGGAUUGGAUCUACGCUCUUAUAAAUGAGACGGAACUGAUUGCCAUGCCUCGAAGAUUGGUUCCUGAUUUCCUGAAAGUGAAAAUUAAAGCCCGUACCAAAUAUGAGGAAAAUUCCCCUCUUCAGUCUUCAAUUGGUUCAAUUCCUUAGGGUUUCUUUUUCUUAUUUGGAAAUGUUAUUUGGGUUCUUGACAUGAAGUUCUGUGCAUAGAAUGCUUUUUAUUUGGAUCUCUGGUUAUUUUGGAUGAUUUGAUCGAGUUUCGGACGUGAUAAUUUCAAUUCAAUUGACAAUGGCAGCCUCACCAGUGAAAUUCCUCUUCGGAUUCUUGAUGGUUUCCAUCACAUUGUGGAUGGUCUUCAUAUUUGCUUCUAGGUUGCUGGCUUGGAUUUUAAGCCGGAUUGUUGGAGCAUCUGUUGGAUUUCGGGUUGGUGGAUGGAAAUGUUUAAGAGAUGUUGUAGUGAAGUUUAAAAAGGGUGCUGUUGAAUCUGUGUCUGUUGGUGAAAUUAGACUCAGUGUACGCCAGUCCCUGGUCAAACUUGGGGUUGGUUUCUUUUCCAGAGAUCCUAAGCUGCAAGUAUUAAUAUGUGACUUGGAAAUUGUAAUGAGGUCUUCUAGCAGAGGCUCACAGAAAACUAAAGCUCAAAAAGCCCGAACUCGCAAUUCAGGCCGGGGAAAGUGGAUGGUCUUAGCUAACAUAGCAAGAUUUUUGUCAGUUUCUGUUACAGAUUUGGUUGUAAAGAGUCCCAAAGCUAUGAUUGAAAUUAAGGAAUUGAGAUUGGAUAUAACCAAAGAUGGUGGAUCCAAGCCAAAUCUAUUUGUUAAGCUACGCAUAUUACCUAUUAUUAUUCACAUGGGUGAACCACGUGUUAGUUGUGACCAAUCAUCCAACUAUGAUGGUGGAGGAUGCAUUUCUGUAGGCGAGACAUCAUUUGGUAUAACAGAAGGGCCUUUUGCUUCCUUCAUUUGUGAAGAUUUUUCUCUCUCUUGUGAAUUUGGUCAUGAUAGGGAGGUAGGUGUAAUUAUCCGCAAUUUGGACAUUACCUGUGGUGAGGUCAUUGUGCACCUGAAUGAGAAGCUGCUUUCAAAAAACAGGACUUUAGAUGCUUCUACUCAGACAGAUAAAGCUGUAGUCAAUUCUGCUGUUGUUAAAGAUCCACAACGAAAACAAUCAGUACUUGUUGCAAUUAUAAAGUACACUUCUAUGUUUCCUCAAAAGGUUAGCUUCACUUUACCAAAACUGGAUGUGAGGUUUGUUCAUCGGGAGCAUGAUCUUGUUAUUGAGAAUAAUAUCAUGGGCAUUCAAUUAAAGAGCAUCAAAUCCUUAUGCACUGAAGAUAUGGGGGAGAGUACUCGCCUUGAUGUUCAGAUGGAUUUCAGUGAGAUACAUCUUCUCAGAGAAGCUGGCACUUCUGUUAUGGAGAUAUUGAAAGUUGUUGUCAUCUCUUUUGUUUACAUUCCACUAGAGCCAACCUCACCAGUUAGAGCUGAAAUAGAUGUUAGGCUGGGAGGUACUCAAUGCAACAUUAUAAUGAGUAGGUUGAAGCCAUGGUUACAACUCCACUACUCAAGAAAGAAAAAAAUGGUACUUCGAGAGGAAAUUCAUGUGCCAGUAAAAUCACAAUCAACUGCAUCCAAAGCCAUCAUGUGGACAUGUACUGUCUCAGCUCCUGAGAUGACGAUUGUUCUUUAUAGUAUCAACGGGUUGCCUUUGUAUCAUUUAUGCUCACAAUCAUCACAUGUUUUUGCAAAUAACGUGUCAAGCAUGGGUACUGCAAUACAUUUGGAACUUGGUGAACUAAACUUCCACAUGUCAGAUGAAUAUCAAGAAUGCUUGAAAGAGAGCCCAUUUGUUGUUGAAUCAAAUUCAGGUGCUUUAGUUCAUAUAGCAAGGGUUAGUUUAGAUUGGGGCAAAAAGGAUAUUGAAUCUUCUGAAGAGGAUGGUGCUAGAUGUAAAUUAGUUCUCUCUGUUGAUGUGACUGGUAUGGGUAUUUAUUUUAACUUCAAACGUGCACAAUCACUUAUAGCAACUGUCAUUUCCUUUCAAUCUCUCUUGAAAAGUCUAUCUGGUUCUGGUAAAAAAACAUCACAGAGCCGAGGUGGGCGAUCUUCUAAACCAUCAGGGAAAGGGAUUCAAGUAUUGAAAUUUAAUUUGGAACGUUGCACUGUAAAUUUUUGUGGUGAAACAAGUUUGGACAAUGCUGUUGUUGCUGAUCCAAAGCGCGUCAAUUAUGGAUCGCAGGGUGGUCGAGUUGUAAUUAGUGUCUCAGAUGAUGGCACCCCACGUACUGCAAGUGUGAUAUCCACAGUUUCUGAUGAUUGCAAGAAGUUGAAAUAUUCUCUUUCUCUUGACAUAUUCCAUUAUGCUUUGUGUGUGAUCAAGGAGAACCAAACUACAGAAAUGGAACUUGAAAGAGCAAGGUCUAUUUAUCAGGAACAUUUGGAGAAACAUAGAUCUGAUACAAAAGUAACAUUGUUUGAUGUGCAGAAUGCAAAAUUUGUACGGCGCUCUGGUGGUCUUAAAGGGAUUGCUAUUUGCUGUCUUUUCAGUGCUACUGAAAUUACUGUCAGGUGGGAGCCUGAUGCACAUUUGUCAUUGAUUGAACUUGUUCUGCAGCUGAAAUUACUGGUGCACAAUCAAAAGCUUCAGGAACAUGGUAAUGAAAGGACGGAAGAAGCCUCAAGCAUGAGAGAUACUGAACAGAAGAAAGAUGCCUCUUUGGAAUCAGGAAAUUUUGAUAAGCCUAAGAAAAAGGAAAAUAUUUUCGCUGUUGACGUGGAAAUGCUGAGUGUAUCUGCUGGGGUUGGAGAUGGAGUUGAUGCAAUGGUGCAUGUUCAGUCAAUUUUUUCAGAGAAUGCCCGCAUAGGAGUACUUCUUGAAGGACUUGUAUUAAGUUUUAAUGGGGCCAAAGUAUUCAGAAGUGGUAGAAUGCAAAUUUCUCGCAUACCUAGUACCUCUAGCAGUUCAUCUAAUGCAAAACUGCCUUCAGCUAUCACAUGGGAUUGGGUGAUUCAAGGGCUUGAUGUUCAUAUUAGAAUGCCGUACAGGUUGGAGUUGCGUGCCAUUGAUGAUUCAGUUGAAGAUAUGUUGCGGGCUUUGAAGCUUGUUACUGCUGCUAAAACUCAACUUAUAUUUCCCAUGAAGAAAGAAAGCUCUAAGUCUAAAAAGUCUAGUUCAACAAAAUUUGGAUGUGUAAAGUUUUGCAUACGCAAGCUAAUUGCUGAUAUUGAGGAAGAACCGAUGCAGGGUUGGCUUGAUGAGCACUACCAGCUGAUGAAGAGUGAGGCCUGUGAGCUGGCUGUCAGGCAGAAGUUUCUUGAUGAAUUUAUUUCCAAAGUUAAUAAUUGUUCUAAAACUGCUGAAACAAAUGACUCCACCAUUGAAAGAAAGGUUAAUUGUAAUGGGGUUCAGAUUGACAUGCAAGAUCCUUUAGCUAUUCAGAAAAUGCAAGAAGAAAUUUACAAACAAUCAUUUAGAUCAUAUUACCAGGCAUGCCAGAAGUUAGUACCUUCUGAAGGUUCAGGUGCCUGUAGGGAGCGGUUUCAGUCUGGUUUUAAGCCUAGCACUUCAAGAACUUCUCUUCUUUCCAUUUCUGCUACAGAGCUGGAUGUAAGCUUGACAAGGAUUGAUGGUGGAGAUGAUGGGAUGAUAGAGGUUCUGAAAAAGCUUGAUCCUGUCUGUCGUGAAGUGGACAUACCAUUUUCUCGACUCUAUGGGAGUAACAUUUUAUUGCACACUGGCACCCUUGUUGCUCAGAUAAGAAAUUACUCAUUUCCUCUUUUUGCUGGUGCGGCUGGUAAAUGUGAAGGUCGUGUUGUGCUAGCACAGCAGGCAACCUGCUUUCAGCCCCAAAUUUACCAAGAUGUCUUCAUUGGGAGGUGGAGAAAGGUGCGCUUGCUCCGUUCAGCUACCGGCACAACUCCUCCAACAAAAUCAUACUUCGAUUUGCCUAUGUAUUUUCAGAAAGCUGAAGUAUCAUUUGGUGUCGGUUAUGAACCAUCUUUUGCUGAUGUGAGCUAUGCUUUUACAGUUGCUCUUCGUAGGGCAAAUCUAAGUGUCAGAAAUCCUGGUCCACUAGUUCAACCACCGAAAAAGGAGCGCAGUUUACCAUGGUGGGAUGAUAUGAGAAAUUACAUUCAUGGAAAUAUCACCUUUGGCUUUUCUGAAACUAGAUGGCAUAUUCUUGCAACAACUGAUCCUUAUGAAAAGCUUGACAAGCUUCAAAUCACAUCUGGUUCCAUGGAGAUCCAGCAGUCAGAUGGCCGUAUUUAUAUGUCUGCAAAGGAUUUUAAGAUUUUCUUGAGCAGUUUGGAGAGGUUGGCAAGCAACUGUGGCUUAAAACUUCCUAGUGGUGUAUAUGGUGCUUUCCUUGAAGCUCCAGUCUUUAUUCUUGAAGUCACAAUGGAUUGGGACUGUGAUUCUGGCACUCCAUUGAAUCAUUAUCUAUUCGCACUCCCUAAUGAAGGGAGGCCUCGUGAAAAAGUUUUUGAUCCCUUCAGGUCUACAUCUCUCUUGCUCCGGUGGAAUUUCUCUCUAAGACCCUCUAUUUCCUUAUGUGAAAAUCAAUCCUCUUCUUCCUCCAUGGGAGACAGCACUGUAGUAGAUGGAACUGUCUAUAAUCCACCUCACAAACCUGAAAAUGUUUCAAUUGUUCCAACACUGAAUGUCGGUGCUCAUGAUUUUGCAUGGUUAAAGAAGUUUUGGAACUUGAAUUAUCUUCCUCCUCACAAAUUACGUUAUUUCUCCCGGUGGCCUCGUUUUGGGGUUCCCAGAAUUCCCAGAUCAGGAAAUUUGUCACUGGACAGAGUGAUGACAGAAUUUUUCCUCCGUGUAGAUGCUACACCCGCUUGUAUAAAACACAUGCCAUUAGAUGAUGAUGACCCAGCAAAAGGACUUACUUUUAAUAUGACAAAGUUGAAAUAUGAAAUCUGUUUCAGUCGGGGUAAGCAGAAGUACACUUUUGAAUGCAAGCGAGACACUCUUGAUCUUGUUUACCAGGGUGUGGACCUUCACAUGCCUAAGGCCAUCUUAGAUAAAGAAGAUUCUACCACUGUUGCAAAAGUAGUUCAAAUGACAAAGAAAAAUUGCCAGCCUUCAACUAUGGGUAGAAUUCCCAGUGAAAAACACAAUAAUAUCAGUGGUUGCACUGAGAAGCACCGGGAUGAUGGAUUUCUUUUAUCAUGUGAUUAUUUUACAAUCAGAAGGCAGGCACCAAAGGCUGACCCUACAAGGUUAUUGGCAUGGCAAGAGGCUGGGAGAAAAAAUCUUGAGAUGACAUAUGUGAGGUCUGAGUUCGAAAAUGGGAGUGAGAGUGAUGAUCACACAAGAUCUGACCCAGGCGAUGAUGAUGGAUACAAUGUGGUAAUUGCUGACAAUUGUCAGCGAGUUUUUGUUUAUAGUCUCAAGCUUUUAUGGAAUAUUGAGAAUAGGGAUGCUGUUUGGUCCUGGGUUGGUGGAUUGUCCAAAGCAUUUGCACCUCCCAAGCCUUCUCCUUCUCGGCAGUAUGCACAGAGGAAAUUACUUGAGGAGAACCAAUCACAUGCGGAAAGUGAAGUGAAUCAAGAUGAUAUAUCUAAACCCCCUUCUACCAGCCAUAAUGCUGAUUCCCCUUCUCAACAUGCAGAGACUUCAGGGUCUCUCUCAUCUCCAUCACAUUCAGCUAAAAUAGAGAAUUCAUCUUCUGCUGUUGCUUUAUUUCCAGCAACAAAUGGAAGCAUAGAUGAUUCUGAGGAGGAAGGGACUCGCCAUUUCAUGGUGAAUGUUAUCGAGCCACAAUUCAAUCUGCAUUCUGAAGAAGCCAAUGGUAGAUUCCUCCUUGCUGCUGUUAGUGGUCGUGUUUUGGCCCGAUCAUUUCACUCUGUCCUUCAUGUUGGUUAUGAGAUGAUUGAGCAAGCACUGGGCAGUGGAGAUUUACACCUUCCUGAAUCUGUACCUGAAAUGACAUGGAAGCGCAUGGAGUUCUCUGUGAUGUUGGAGCAUGUGCAGGCUCAUGUUGCACCAACUGAUGUUGAUCCUGGGGCUGGACUGCAGUGGCUCCCAAAAAUUCGAAGAAGCUCCCCUAAAGUAAAGCGUACUGGUGCUCUACUUGAAAGAGUGUUUAUGCCUUGUGAUAUGUACUUUCGGUACACAAGGCACAAAGGCGGGACUCCAGACCUGAAGGUGAAGCCUCUAAAAGAGCUCACUUUCAAUACAGAUAAUAUAACUGCUACAAUGACAUCUCGUCAGUUUCAGGUUAUGCUGGAUGUGUUGACCAAUCUCCUUUUUGCACGGCUUCCCAAGCCUAGAAAGAGUAGUCUGUCAUUUCCAGCUGAAGAUGAUGAAGAUGUUGAAGAGGAGGCGGAUGAGAUGGUGCCUGAUGGUGUAGAAGAGGUUGAACUUGCUAAAAUCGAACUUGAACGGAAAGAACGUGAGCAGAAGUUACUUCUUGAUGACAUCAGGAGAUUGUCUCUUAAUGGUGAUACUUCUGGGGACCUUUCAAGAAAGGAAGGCGAAUUGUGGAUGAUCACUGGUGGAAGAUCCAAUCUGGUACAAGGGCUGAAGAGAGAGCUUGUGAAUGCAAAAAGGUUUAGGAAGGCAGCAUCUGCAUCAUUAAGGAUGGCUUUGCAGAAAGCUGCCCAGCUACGUCUGAUGGAGAAGGAGAAGAACAAAAGUCCAUCCUAUGCAAUGCGUAUAUCUUUGAAAAUCAACAAAGUUGUUUGGAACAUGCUUGUAGAUGGUAAAUCUUUUGCUGAGGCUGAGAUAAAUGACAUGAUCUUUGAUUUUGACCGGGAUUACAAGGAUGUCGGUGUUGCUCUAUUUACAACAAAAUAUUUUGUUGUGAGAAACUGCCUGCCAAAUGCCAAGUCUGAUAUGGUUCUGUCAGCGUGGAAUCCUCCACCAGAUUGGGGGAAGAAAGUCAUGCUUCGUGUAGAUGCAAAGCAAGGAGCUCCAAGGGAUGGAAAUUCCCAUAUUGAACUUUUCCAGGUAGAGAUUUAUCCCCUUAAGAUUCAUUUGACAGAGACGAUGUACAGGAUGAUGUGGGAGUAUUUCUUCCCAGAAGAAGAACAAGAUUCACAAAGGCGGCAGGAAGUUUGGAAAGUUUCAACAACUGCUGGCGCAAGGCGUGUAAAGAAAGGUUCAUCAAUCCAAGAAGCUUCUUCAUCAUACAGCCAUGCAACAAAAGAUUCUGAUGUCACAUCCAAACUCAUUGUUGGUUCAGGCCCAGAGUUGAGAAGAACCUCAUCUUUUGACCGAACAUGGGAAGAGACACUUGCAGAAUCUGUUGCUACCGAACUUGUCUUGCAGGUUCAUUCAUCCAGUAUUUCUACUUCAAAAGCCGACCCACUUGGUUUUAAUGAACAACCAUAUGAAUCCUCUAAAAGUAAAUCGAAAGAGUCCAAGCUUGUAAAGUCUGGUCGUUCAUCCCAUGAAGGAAAAAAGAUUGGUAAAUCAAAUGAAGAGAAGAGAUCCCGGCCUCGAAAAGUCAUGGAGUUUCACAAUAUUAAGAUAAGUCAGGUCGAGCUACAGAUUACUUAUGAAAGCUCAAGAUUUAAUCUGCAUGAGCUUAAGUUGCUGAUGGAUACUUUCCAUCGUGUUGAGUUCACUGGGACUUGGAGGAGGCUGUUCUCACGAGUAAAGAAGCAUGUUGUUUGGGGAACGCUGAAGUCUGUGACAGGAAUGCAGGGCAAGAAAUUUAAAGAUAAAGCACAUAAUCAACGGGAAUCCAAUGGAGCUGGUGUCCCUGAUAUUGAGCUUAACUUGAGCGACAAUGAUGGUCAGCCAAGCAAAUCUGAUCAGUAUCCAAACUGGCUUAAGCGUCCAAGUGAUGGAGCAGGAGAUGGAUUUGUAACUUCCAUAAGGGGUCUUUUCAAUACUCAACGCCGCAAGGCCAGGGCAUUUGUGCUGCGAACUAUGAGGGGUGAAGCAGAGAAUGAUUUCCAUGGCGAGUGGAGCGAAAGUGACGUAGAGUUCUCUCCUUUUGCUAGGCAACUAACAAUAACAAAGGCUAAGAAGCUUAUCAGGCGGCACACAAAGAAAUUCCGCUCAAGAGGACAGAAAGGUUCAACCUCAUCACAAAGAGAUUCACUUCCAUCGUCUCCAAGGGAAACCACUCCAUUUGAACCAUUUGAAAGUGAUUCUUCUAGUGAAUCUUCACCAUAUGAGGAUUUUCAUGAGCAACUAGAAUUCCAGUCACUUAAAGGAGACUUAUAAAGGCUUUCAGACCUGAUCCACAAAGUUGCCUCUCAGGGGAUAUGAUGGAAUUUGCCUCUCAGCCAGUACCUGUGAUAGAAACUUGGAAGAUUUAAAACGCUCCGAGUCAUCUUAUAAGAAGAGCAUGUUAAGGAACACGCAGCAUGGUGUGGAUGUGGCAUGUGUAGGUUAAUAACAUAUGGAUCGAGAGUUUGAGACAUAACUAUGCUUUCAAGAGUCAUCAACGUAACCGCGAUGAAUCCACUCAAGGCCCCUAGCGUUUUGGGAGGGUAUUACCCUUUUGGCUUCACAGUUGUGUUUAAUUUUGCAGCCUAUUUAGCUUCCGAGUAGAUAUACAAACUCCUAAAAUCUUGUACAAUUACAAUAAUCCCACAAAUCUGUAUAUAUUUCAAUAUAGAAUGGAAAAUAAAGGAAUGCGAAAUCAUCUUUUGAGGCCUGAAAA